AUGGCAAUGGAUCACGAUACCGCCAUGACCUGGUCGGAACAGCUGCCAGAAGAGACAUUGAUGGCACCCGGCAACGAGGAUGACUUUUCCAACUUUCUCGAGUUCGGAAUCGAUUUUCCCGACAUGGAGGGCCACAAUGCCGCUGCCGCUGCCGCUGUCCAGCACCAGCAAGCAAUGCAGCAUGCCAAUCAGCAUAUCGCAACCACCUUGGCGGACGACGUUCGUAUGGCUGCGACAAGUCAAGCACCGCAAUAUGCAUCUAUGAUGGGCGAGCACCUAGGACUCGGCAUCCCGAACAAUCGCCCCGCCGAGGAUCAAUCUUACCAUUUCUCACAAGAGCAGCAGCAGCAGCAACAACAACAAUUUCMCCAGCCGCUCUCCCAACAGCAACAUCAGCAUCAAGAAAAGCUCGCACAUCAGCAUCAACAACACCAGCAACAACGCCAACAAAUCCCGCAUCCGCAAAUGGCUUCGCAUUCGUACCAGGAAGGACAGCACAUGAUUCCUCCGACGCCAAAUAGUGUUGAACUUCACGGUGGUGCGGCUCGAUACAUGCAGCGUGUUGACCAGAAUAAUAACGAAGGUUAUGAAGGCUACGUACACAUGAAUGAUGAGCAGGCCGCUGCUUUCUAUACCCCUCUGAUAUCUCCAGCAAUGACGCCGUUGGAGAGCCAAUUCCGUUUACCAGAAUACACCAUACCCGGCGAAUAUUUCACCCCGCUCACAUCACCCGCAUUAGAAGCUCAGAAUCACAGCUCUAGCAACUAUCCUUUUCAAACAACGCAGCCACAUCAAAAUGCAGGAUACGUUUCAUCACCACUUGACUCCAACGGGCUCACCAUGACAUCUGCUCCUCCGUCGCCGGCAGUGUUCAAAAAGCAACGACAGGGACGUAGGCCAUCGACUGCAACACGGGCAGCCGGCCGUGCUGCAAAAGCAUCGCCGUCAAUCCAGGCGAAAAACUGGAAGAAACAAAGCAGAAGUUCUCAGCUCAUGUCAGAAGAGUUUGUCAAUAACAACAACGCCAAUAUGCAGGAACACAACUCCAAUCGAUAUGCCAACAACGGACUCAGCUCGCUACGUUACAGCAGCAAUGAGAGCUCCCAGGAUUCUGUAUCACCUGAGCCUAUCUCCGAACCCCUUAUGCCACCACCCGCCUUACCGCACAAGUCGCCAGCAAUUCUGCCACAAGUUUCUGACCCGGGUUCAAGUGCGCCCGUGACACCGGCGACCUUGAUGAGAAUCACGAACCGACCGCAGCACUCCCAGGAUCCAUCUGGGCAAUUUUCAGGACAGGCAAGUCUGAUCACGAGUGAGUCGCAAGAUGAGCCGAUGGAAGAUAUGGUGUUACCCGAGGCAGCGGCCGAUACUCGACCACGACCCAGCCGCAUUAACACCGCCAUUGUUACGAAAGAGCCAUCGAAUAAUAGAUCCGCCUCGAAUACUCCGUUGAUGGGGCCACUGUCUCGCCAACCAUCCGGCUCCCUGACACCGGGGCCACAAUCGUCUACUAUGGCGUCGCCUAGCGGCCCAGUGCCGAAAAAGUCCGACUCGAAAUCAUCGACGGCUCGUAAGAGACAGAGUAUCAGUUCUUCGCACGCCAGUCCAGCUCUUCGGCCAAGGAUCAGUCCUAGCAUACAGCCUCUUGUACGAGGAGAUGGUAUGACAAGCGAAUCCUCGGCGUUAUAUCUCGCAUCCAAAUCGAAUUAUCAGCACAUUCUAGACGGCACCGUUCUUCCAGGAGUAUCAUAUCCAGAGACCCUGGCCGAAAAUUUGAGUAGCAAACGAACGAACCAUAAACUGGCAGAACAAGGACGUCGGAAUCGUAUCAACACCGCGUUGAAAGAGAUUGAAGCGCUCCUCCCGCCGGAUUUUGCACAAGAACGAGCGAUCAAAGAAGGGAAAGAAGCGAAUGUCGUACCCAAGAACGAUGGCAAGGACACAAAAGACUCCAAGGAAAAAGCCACGCCGCCUACAAUCAGCAAAGCUAGUACCGUCGAAAUGGCCAUUGAUUACAUCAAAGCGCUUAAAAAAGAGUUGGAAGAAACCAAGGCACAAUUACACGCUGCCGAAAGCAAACUGUCCGGUGGUCUUGUGAAGCCUAACGGUGCCGCUGCUGCUGUCGAUAGCAAUACAUCUGAUCAUCCGACCAAAGCCGAAUCCUCCCCAACCAAUUGA